AUGGACCAAUCUUAUGAAUAUUCUCAAUUAUCGAAUGGUAAUGAUACGCAACCAUUUAAUCUUGACAGAGAAUAUCAAUAUUCAGAAUCAUAUCAAAUAAUAGGUCUGGAUCCUCAAACAAUACCCGAUAAUUAUAAUGCAAAUUAUAAUUAUCAGCAUACAAAUACUAAUGAUAGUAUUCACAGUUGGGAACAAUUAUUAGGUGAACCAAGAAGAAUAGAUGAUUCGUAUCAAGAUGUUUCACAAUUAGAUUUAACUACUAAUAAAACAGUAAAUCUUGAAAUACAAGAACAAGAUGAUACAUAUCAAUAUAAUAAAGAUUUAUCAUUUGAAGAAAUCAAUUCUGAUAUUGAUUAUGAAACACUUAUUCGUACCAAACAUUUAUAUAAUGAUCCUGAUCCAAAAGUUAUACGAAAACCUUCGUUGACCACUCCCGUUGUUUACAAUCAAAAAAUUAUUGUACGAUUUUUAAAACCACCACCAGUACAACAAGGACCUUUAAUUAUUCGUGAAAUUCGACCACCUCAACCUCCACCUUUACCACCUCUUCUGAUUCGUCAACGUGCUCAACCUCCUCGUUCACCAUCACCAAUUAUUCUACGUGAAAAACCUCCACCAAUGCCUGAUAUUACAAUUCCACAAGUUGUCACAAAAACUCUUCCUCCUCUUUCACCACCACCACGAUCAGUAAUCAUUGAAAAAAUACCUGCAUUACCAGCUAAACCACGUGAUAUUAUCAUUGAACGAUGGAUACCUUAUCAAAAUAUGUCAAAACGUAAAGUUAUUGUUCAACGAGCUGAAGAACCUAAACCCUACCCUCCACCAAAAAAUAUUAUUAUAGUAUACGAACCGAUACAACCUCGAAUCAUUCGUAGCUUUGAACGAUUGGGUAUUACGCCUGAAGAUCCACAUAAAUAUUCAGCAACUUAUGGAGACUCAUUGCUUCAAACUGAACAAUUAUUAGAACAAAUCAAAGAACUUGGUAUUACUGAAGAUCUUGCUUCACCUCAUGUAUUCAGUAAUGAACAAAAACAACAAUCAACAUCAUUCAAUAAUGAUGAGCAAAAUUAUGAUUACGACACUUCAUCACAGCAACAAAUCUAUAAUGAAAUAAAUAAUAAUUAUAAUUAUAAUGUGACUUAUAGAAAUCUCGUUAAUGGAUCAUUAUCAAUAAUAAAUUAUGAAGAAAAAAAUGAUCAACAAGACGAUCAUAAUAAUCCAUUUUAUUUAACUGGUAGAGAAGAUCUACCAACUCAUAUUACACAAUAUGGCUUAACGACUGAAUCGAUUCCACAUUAA